UGAAUGUGCUGUUCUUUUGAUUUCUUGAAGGUUUUUCUCAUCUUCUUCCCAGUAACGAAGAUCACUUCAAAAAUUGCAACCCCUAAUUGCUCCGCAACUUCACAAAUUCUCGCCACUGACACCCCCAAAUGAUCAUUGCUCUGCGCCGCGAAAUCUCGUCGGCUCUCAAUUCCCGUCUCCGCUCAAUCAAAUGGCUCUGCACAGUUUCCCCACCGCUGUCCAUCAAUUCCGACGACAGACGCCAUUCUUUGGAAUACUCAAUCGUUUCUGCUCUCAAAUCCGUUUCUUCUUCAUCAUCGCCUUCGUUGUUCAUCCACGGACUGCAGCUGCAAUGCCACAUCCUCAAAUCGGGGCUCGAUUCCAACAUCUUCGUCAGGAACAGCUUGAUCACCAUGUACUCGAAGACAGGACGAUUAUCCAGCGCGAAAUCGAUGUUUGAUAGCGAACGGAAGUUCGAUUUGGUCUCCUGCAACAUAAUGCUCGGAGGUUACGUCAAAUCUGGCUGUUUGAAUGAUGCCUAUGAACUAUUCGACAGAAUGCCUAUGAAGAACUGCGUGUCCUACACUACAAUCAUGAUGUGUUUAGCUAAGAACGAGUUCUAUGUCGAAACCGUUAGCCUUUUUAAGGAGAUGAUGUCGUCGGGAGUGUUUCCCGGCGCAGUUACGGUGACGAUUGUUAUCUCGGCUUACGCGCAUCUCGACGGUGUCCGAAAUCGCGCUAAGUUAUUACAUAGUUUCGCGAUGAAGCUCGGGGUUGCUAAAGCUGUGUUCGUUUCGACAAACUUGAUUCAUCUUUACUGCGUGGAUUCGUGUCUCGGUGACGCUCGAGUAAUUUUUGACGAUAUGAACGCGAAGAACGUCGUUACGUGGAAUGCGAUGUUGAAUGGUUACAUUAAGGCGGGGCGGAUCGACUCGGCGAGAGAAUUGUUCGAUUCAAUGCCUGAGAAGGAUGUUGUUUCUUGGGGGACGAUGAUUAACGGAUACAUUCAGGUCGGGAGGUUGUCGGAGGGGUUGGAAAUCUAUGGCGUCAUGAGACGAUUUGGUAUGAAUUCUAACGAAGUUAUGAUCGUCGACAUGGUUUCCGCUUGUGGCCAAGUUUCGAACUUUUCCGGGGGGCGGCAAUUUCAUUCGCUAGCGUUAAAGACAGGGUUCAAUCAUUUCGACUUCGUGCAAUCAACGUUGGUUCAUUUUUACGCGGCAUGUGGGGAAGUUGAAUUCGCUCGGCGCCAGUUCGACGAAGGGAAUAAAAAUCACGUCGCAUGUUGGAAUGCUCUUAUCGCGGGAUUCAUUCGAAACGGAAGGAUUGACGACGCUAAAUUUCUGUUCGACGAGAUGCCGGAACGGGAUGUUUUCUCGUGGAGCACGAUGAUCGCCGGUUAUUCUCAGAUCGGGCCGCCGAACGCAGCUCUCGAGCUCUUCUAUAAAAUGAUCGAUGACGGAAUCGAGCCGAACGAAAUCACGAUGGUCAGCGUGCUCUCCGCGAUUUCGAGUCUAGGGUCAUUGACGGAAGGGAGACGCGCGCACGACUACAUUGUUCGCAACUCGAUAUCGAUCAACGACUACUUGAGCGCCGCGAUCGUCGACAUGUACGCGAAAUGCGGGAGCAUCGAUUCCGCGUUGGAAGUUUUUAAUCAGAUUCGGGAUACCGCAACAGACGUCUCUCCUUGGAACGCAAUCAUCUGCGGGCUGGCGAUGCACGGGCACGCGGCAAUGUCGUUACGAAUCUUCUACGACUUACAGCGACGAAGCGUAAAGCCUAACGGAAUCACGUUCAUCGGAGUCUUGACGGCAUGCUGCCACGCGGGGCUCGUCGAAGAAGGCGAGCGAUAUUUCGACAGCAUGAAACGCGUGUAUCGGUUGGAGCCGAACAUCAAACACUACGGCUGUAUGGUCGAUCUUUUGGGUCGAGCCGGGCGGCUGAAAGAAGCGGAAGAAAUGGUGAACGGGUUGCCCGUGAAACCUGAUGCCGUGAUUUGGGGUGCGCUUUUGGCGGCGUGCAAAAUGCACGACGACGCGGAUAUCGGCGAACGAGCCGCCGAGAAUUUAGCGAAGGUCGAGCCGUUACACGGCCCAAGCCGAGUUCUGUUGUCGAACAUCUACGCCGAUGCCGGCCGGUGGACGGAGGCUUUUCUUGUUCGGGAUGCGAUGCAAAGGCGAAGACUUUCUCGAUCACCAGGUUACAGUGGCAUUGUGUAACAUUCUUUUUUUCCUCCAAAAAUAUCAAAUUAAAAAAUUAUAUAUAUUUUUAUAUUAUACAUUACAUCGAGAGUCGUAUUAUUUCCGACUCCAUCGAAAAUAUUGUUGUUUCCGACUCUAAUUCAGUUGAAAACAUUGUUUCUGACUGCACAGUGGAUGAUUGUGGCAACAU